AUGAAAAUGGAGGAUUUCUCAUCAUGCUGUGCAGGCACAACAUUCGCUAAUGAAAUGGCUAUGGCCUCUCCAUUCUCUUCAUUGGAACAUGCAAUUACGGUUGCUAGAGACAUAUGGUACCGUAAGUUGAAUGUUAGGUCUUGGUUGGAGGCUAUAUCAGGACGAUCUUAUUCUAAUGAAUACUUGAAAACAGCGAACGAAGCUACUGUGCAGGACCUUCAUGAAUGGGGAUUAAGGUACGAGGAGAAAUUUGGCUAUGUUUUUGUGACAUUUGUAGCUGGUAGGACAUCUGAAGACAUACUUGCUGAAUUAAAGAUUCGCUUUAAUAACUCACAUGGUAUUGAGUUGGAGAUUGCUUCAACAGAGGAAUUGAAGUAUAUAGAACUGUCAGCUGAAUAUUCAGGCAAAAUAGUUGCUGACACUCUAGAUGGAGCAGACACUGAUUCAGAAGACGAUUUAGAUGCUAUCUCCUCCGGUGCAUAUGACAUCUCCAAGGAUGUUGAGCUCAAUAAGGUUCCAGAAGACAAUGAAACUUUAAACACCCAACAUAGAGAAGAUGUCGUACGUGCUGCAAAAAGGGGUUUCGAUCUAAACAAGUUGCCAUGGUUUGGAGAUGACUUAUCAGAUCCGUUAUCACGUCACUGCAGCGGAUUUCUGACAGAGUAUUUCUGGCCAGGUCAAUACGAUGUUGAUGAGAAAUUAUGA